UGUUGUUGCUAACUGCAAUGCACCCAGACACAGCCGGACAAGCUAGCUUACUUUAGCUCCAUAAUGAUAUUUGUGUGUAUUGUUAGUACUGUUUGUAUUAACAGUAACGGUUAAGUUAGUAACUGUAAGUUGGAAAGGCAGAAGGCUUCUUUUGUGCAUUAGCAAGUAUUACCAUGGACUAAAACAACGGGGAAAACGUCUCUCUUACCGACUUGGUAGAGGCGGCCCUCCGGUGAAAAUAUGGUGAUGUGUCGGUCGAAACCUGCGUUUGAACCGCGGGACAUUUUUUCUUCUCCUCGUGACCUCAGAUGAACUUCACAGCGCUUAAUGUGUCUUUAUAUUAUUAUUGGCCUGAAUACUCGGCGAUUCUUUCCUGUCUGACGGUCAGCAAAUACAGAGCUGCAUGUCUGUGCUGCAGGAUAAUGGAGUUACUUCCCGGAGAGAUUUUUACUUUCUCUUUCAGUUAUGUUUGAUGAGUGAGGUGCAGCAGCUCCAUGGCCGGCCUCGCUUCAUUACAAUAGGAUGGCAGCAAUAAGGAAGUCGGGAGACUUUACCGGCAGGACUGGCGCUGUCUCUUUUUCACGUGAGCACAAAAGACAGAGAGCACUUUUUAAAGACUCGUCAGCAGAAAUAGUCGAGGGAGGGUUGAAUGGAGAGUGAGGUAUCUACUCAGACCCCCCUCUCUCUGUCUGUGGCUGCUGUCCCUGGCUGCUGGUGGCCUCCACACUCACAGCCAAAUGUCAGGCCGCAGGGUUGGCUUCUAUCUCAGCGAUAAGAAACGCAGGAAGAUGAACCUGGACGCAUUUGCAGACUUCUGUGCGGUCCAUGGAGUGGAAGUGGUGGAGAUUGACCUCACACAGCCACUGGUGGGGCCCUUCGACGUCAUCAUUCACAAGCUGUCUGAUGUCAUCGUGGAGGCUGAGCAUGACAGCCAGUCGCAGCAGCUCCUUGCCAACUUCCAGAGCUAUGUGUCAGCUCAUCCCAGGACAGUUCUUCUGGACCCCCUGCCUGCCAUGACCCAGCUACUAGACCGCUUUGCCUCUUAUCGGAUCAUGAGCAAGCUGCAGAGUUCGCUCCGAGACUGGUGCAUCUGCAGUCCUCCUUACCUAGAGGUCCACAGUGCCAGUGGCCUGUCAUCCAUUCAGCAGGCUGUGAUGAGCCAAGGCCUAAGCUUUCCUCUCAUUUGUAAAACCCGAGGGGCACAUGGCUUGCUUUCUCAUGAGAUGUCUCUGAUCUUCAGUGCGAGGAGUCUGGCUGAUAUCCAUCCUCCCUGUGUGCUCCAGAGCUUCAUCAACCACGGAGCUGUUCUGCACAAGGUGUUUGUGGUAGGAGACAGACACUUCUGCGUAGAGAGGCCCUCACUCAAGAACUUCCUCUCCGGUCCCUGUGACAGGAAGACCAUCUUCUUCAAUAGCCAUCAGGUGUCCAAGCCUGAGUCAAGCUCUGAUCUCACAGCACUGGAUGAGCAGAUGCCGUGCCCGCCUCCUCCCAGCUCUGAGGCCGUGGCCGCCCUGGUGAGAGAGCUCCGAGUUCAGCUUGGCAUGGCUCUUUUUGGCGUGGACAUCAUCAUCAACAUACACACACACACUCUCACCGUUAUCGACAUCAACAUCUUCCCAGGCUAUGAGGGAGUGCCCCAGUUUUUCUCCUGUCUGCUCAGCCACAUUGAGUCAGUGUUGGACAAACAGACCUCCGAUGGCCCCCAGGCUACUGGCUCUUCUGAGUCAACACAGACUACAGGUGGUCCAUCUGCUGCCUGCUCACCUCAGGAACAGAUCGUGGACUGUACUGCUUCGUCAGCUUCUCAGGACAAGUAAAGCACUAGUUUUUACACUGACCUAACUCAGCUGUUUUCAAGACUUUGUGUUCAAUUGUAAGAAGAUAUUUAUUUGUAAUUUGUAACAUGACUUGAUCUUAAACUGUAUCUCCUGUAAAUCACACUAAUGAUGUUGCUGCAGCUGUAAUGUGCUGUAAGUGAUUCUGCUCUUUUUACAAGUCGACAAACCAAACGGACGACACAAACUGGUUUAAUACACUUUCCGUUUAUUGAUUGACAGGUAGCAUAGAAGAUACAGCAGGCACAAAAUACAGCACUCUGAUUGGUCAGUAAUAUUACAAAUGGUGUUUUUGUUGUCAUUUUUUUCCCUGUUCGAAAUGUCCUCUGUGCCCUUAUGUCACCCCCAACACACACACAGACAUUUCCUACGUCUGUCUUGCUCGUUUGUAAUAUACAUUUUGUGGAAAGAUUUUGCACUUCUAUAGAAAAAGAAAACUACAGUACAUUAAUUUUUCAUUUAUUCUCAAGUGAACAAAUAUCUCAUCUUUGGAAUAGACAGCAAUGAGCCCAUCAGUGUUGACUGAUCACGCGUGUGUUAUUACUACGGGUUUACACAAGGUGACCGGCUUCUUUGCCAGAGUUCAAACACAACAAUGUAUUGUAAAUCUUGGCUGUGUAGAAAAAGAUAGAUUAUAUCUGUUAUGUGAGUACUAUAUGAUGCACUUUGAUUACACAUUUAAAUACAAGAAAUAAAUCAUCAUUUGGCUAA